CACACUGAUAACCCAUUCACUAAUCAUUAGUUACGAACAUGAAGUUAUUGUUUAUUUAAAAAUAAUGGAAAAUCCUAGAGUCCCCGAUACCAACCAAGUAGAAAGAGGUGACAACAGAGUAGAAGACCUACACCUUGACAGGGUUGUAGCUUCGCAGCCUGAAAUCGGUCCUACGCCCCCUGACGGCGGGUAUGGGUGGCUUAUUGUAGUGACCGCGGUCAUUUAUCACAUCACAGUACCAGCUCUGUUAUCACUAUAUGGGUUGAUUAUUCUGAAAGGUAUCCGAGAAGAAGACCAUGAAGAAAAUGAGCUGAUGAGACUAUGGGACGUCGACAUCGCCCUGGUGCCAGUGAUCAUGGUGGUCAUAAGGCUGCUGUUGGAAUCGUGGUGCCGUGCUGUGGUGAAAAUAUUCAACAUGCCCAGGUUUAUGGCCCUGGCUGGUCUUUGCAUGACAGUGGCCGGCGUCCUGCUAUCCAGCUACUCCACAGAUGCGGAUACCAAUGAUCACAUCAUCAAUAUAUUCUCAGGAAUAUUUCUGGGCAUCGGAUGUGCUUUAACCGGUCAACAGACUGAAGUCAUCAUAACACACUUCUUCAGAGACAAAUUGACGAUGGCUCAAAGAAUAGUACGCAUGGCACCUUCUGUCGGAAACUGCGUGAUUCCUAUCCUAAUUGGUUACUUAUGCACAAUUUACACAGGAGACGUUGUCGUCAUGAUUUACGGAGCUAUUAUUAUGCAAAACUGUGUUUUCUUAGCUUCAUACACUCGACCAGUUUACAUAGAAAAAGUAAUUCGGAGCACUUACAACAUGUUAAGAGACGCGAUGGAAGAUGACGAUGAAGUUAUAUUUUCUAAUCAAAGACGCAACGCUGAAGAGAGAGAACGAGCUCAAAGAGCCGCUGAAACAGAGGAGCCAGUUCCCAGAACAACACAAGAUGAAGACGCGGCGGAUGUCGUUGUCUUUAAAUCUAGAAGGAAUGCUAAAGAAAUUCUAGAUCCAUCGAUGCAAAAUAGAGAAAACGGCAACCAAUCCCGUUUUUCUUCAGACUUCGGUUCGAUGUUCGAUGGUGCUAAUUCAAAUAGAUUCUCGUCAAAUUUUGCAGACUCAUCUAGCAGAUUCUCAUCUGAUUUUGGGGCUUUGGAUAUAGCUGAUUAUGGGAGGGUUAGUGGCUAUCAGGAACUCGAGAGUAUAGACAGAGAUGGUCAGGUUCCUCAGCCCUUGUACAGAGAGACUACAGUGAACGCUCCACAAGCCGUUGUGUUUGCGGACGAGAUGACUCCGGGAACAGCGAGAAGAACGGCGUCACUGAAGAAGAACUUCAUUACAAUCACAAAUAUGCUUUUGGAUAUAAAUUUCUAUUUGUACGCAUUACUACAUUUAUGCACGACAUUUUCGAUUCUUGUACUUGGAGUGGUGUUCCCGCCUCUUAUUUGGGAACAGAACCCUUCAAUGAAUAUUUGGCAGGUGUCCACAUUAAUCGCAGUGGCACACGGGUCAGCGCUGUGUUUCAUAAUGCUGUGCAUCGUGCUGCCUAAAUCGAUCAACGAAAAGGAGAGACUGUGUGCCGCUUUCUGUGUGGCUGGGGCUAUUGGCUUCUAUGGAAUAACACUGACCAGCGGCAAGAGCCUGCUGGUAGUGUGGUGCAUGCUCGCCAGUUUCGCCACCGCAGCAUCCAGCAUACUCCAACAGCCUUUAUACAACAGCACACUAAACGAAUUCGACACAACAGCCACAAUGACAGCGUCAAACGCGAUAGUCGCCAUCUUUAUUAUGAUUUGGUCCCUCACACACAAUUACGAGUACAAGACUUGUUUCUUGACAGCCAGCGUGCUGCAGACUGUUACUGCUUGUAUGUUCUUUGCGCUGUCUUUUAGGAGGCGAAGGUAGAUUCAGGGUUCUUAGAAUUACUAUGUAAUUAGAGGUUUUAGAUUAGGAAAUACGAAAUAAUUCUAGAGUAAGCCACAAAAAGCAGCUCCUCAUAUUAGGGGUAGUUACUCCAAAUAAAACUAAAACUUGUGCUCCAUUAUACAAUAGAAAGUAUGACAUUUUUUUAUAUGUGGAAACAUACAAGUUUGGUACAAAAUGGGGUAUUUCACAUUUUACACAAUAAGGUAAAGGCAAAAUGUGUAAAAUACAUAUCUACUCCAAAGUGAAAUAUAGGGUGCACUACCUUCUGCUAUGUAAUACUUUACCAAUUUCCAAGACUAUGCUAAACCACAAUAAGUAUUAUGGAAAUAUAAAUAUAUAUACUAGCGUAAUAUAAUUUAAUUGUAAGUAAAUAAUAUAUUGAUUUAUGACACGAUUUAAUUGUAAUAAAAAUACAUAAACUUUU